AUGGCUGGAUCGGCACCGAAAGGCGAACAACCGACGCUCUUCUCCCCCUACAAGAUGGGCAUCUUCAACCUCUCCCACAGGUGCUCCUCCUCCUCUGAGAAUUAGGGUUUCUCGCCGAAUCUGCGGAAGAAUUCGUUCUCAUCUCUUCUCCGGUGGGUUGCAGGGUGGUCAUGGCGCCGAUGACCAGGUGCCGAGCGCUUAACGGCGUCCCGCAGCCCUGCAAUGUUGAGUAUUACCGGCAGCGCGCCACCGCCGGCGGGUUCCUCAUCUCCGAGGGCACCCUCAUCUCCCCCACCGCCGGCGGGUAAACGAUUCCUCCCCACUUCUCCUUCAUCGAUGGAUCGAUCGAUCUGCUUGUCGUCUGAGAUGGGUUCUUGAUUUCUUCGUCGGUCAGGUUUCCUCACUGUCCGGGGAUCUACACUCGAGACCAGAUCGAGGCCUGGAAGAAGGUGGUGAAGGCCGUCCAUGGCGAGGGGGGCAUCAUCUUCUGCCAGCUCUGGCACGUAGGGCGUGCUUCCAGCGAAGGUAAGGCAGCGCUAAUAGCGGACGGAGGAAUCGCCGAAGGCCGCUGAUCUCUGGUUUUCAUUUUUUUUUCUCGGUCGCUCAGUGUACCAGCCGGGGGGUACGGCGGCGCCAAUCUCCUCCACCGACAAGCCGCUCGCCGGCCGGUGGCGGAUUCUCCUCCCCGACGGCACCGUGGGGAAGUACGCUCGCCCACAUCGGCUCUCACUGGCGGAGAUUCCGGCGAUCGUCGAGGACUACCGACGGGCGGCGGAGAACGCCAUGGAAGCGGGCUUCGACGGCGUGGAGAUCCACGCCGCCCACGGUUACCUCAUCGACCAGUUCCUCAAGGACGGCAUCAACGACCGCUCCGACCGCUACGGCGACGGCAUCGCCAACCGGUGCAGGUUCCUCAUGGAGGUCAUGGCCGCCGUGGCGGCGGCGGCGGGGCUGGAGCGCACGGCGGUGCGGAUCUCGCCGGCGAUCGAUCACCUGGAGGCAUCGGAUUCUGAUCCUCUCGCCCUCGGUAUGGCGGUGGUGGACCGGCUCAACGCGCUCCAGCGGGCGGCGCAUAGUGGCGGCGGCGGGCGGCAGCGGCGGCUGGCGUACCUGCACGUCACGCAGCCGCGGUACACUGCGUACGGGCAGACGGAGGCCGGCCGCCAGGGCAGCGAGGAGGAGGAGAGGCAGCUGGUGGUGGCGCUGCGGCGGCGCUACGAGGGGAGUUUCAUGUGUAGCGGCGGGUACACGAGGGCACUGGGGCUGGAGGCGGUGGCCGCCGGCGACGCCGACCUGGUCUCCUACGGGCGGCUGUUCAUCUCCAACCCCGACCUGGUGGAGAGGUUCCGCCGGGAUGCGCCGCUGAACCGCUACGUCAGGGCCACCUUCUACACGCCGGACCCCGUUGUGGGAUUCACCGACUACCCCUUCCUCGGCCAGGAGAAGCUCCCGGCAGCGCGCCUGUGA